UUUGGCAGAUUGGACUCUCAGGCGGUAUAUGUGAAUGCUUUCUCAAUUUACAUGGAAUAUUUGUCCUUUUCUGCUUUGCUGUGUUUACUGUGAGUCUCGGUGAAAGCCGCCUGAGCAUCAUCUGAGAAUGUGAGACAUUUGGCUGCUCGCAGGGUUUUGACUGGCAGUGGAGCUUCGCAAAUAUCUAAAGGCAGAGCAAACAGUGUUCCCAGUCCCCGGCUCUACUUGAUAUGCAGGCUGUGCUCCUGAAGAACAACGAGGACCAGUUUGGAGAGGGCUGCGGAGCUUCCCCGCGCGGCCGCCAGAGGGCGUGUCGAGUCCUGAAACAGAGUCUCAGCCCGGUCCUCUUUUCCUCACAAAUGUCGUUCCUGUUGCUUAACAACUGAUUUAUUCUUGAUGCUUCGGUCAACCCGCUGCAGUCCGCACCUUUCCUCCCCUCACCUGCCGCAGGAUGCAACCAGUUUGUCAGCAGUUGUCACUCCCAGACUGACACACUUCCUUUGGUGUUUUUUUCUUUUUUUCUUCUCCAAUUUUUGAAUCAACAAUUGGCGACCCGUUGCUUGGAUUGUGUUUUAGAGCCUCCCACCACCUGCGCGGAAGAGUGACAGGAUCAGGAGCUGCGAGAGCUCUGCGUCCUCUGUGAGGCGACAGCCCGGGAAAUGCGUUCCCCGGCUGAUGCUGUGCGGCACCGGGGCAAACUACACACAACAGGCUGAUGCGCACCCUCACCUUCCGCCGUCUCCGACAGGUGUGCGGCUGCGAGCGGCUCUGACUGCUGCGGCUGCGGCGCAGAGCGCGCGCGCGUCCUCCGCGCAGACGGGCGUCCUGGUUGAACUAUUUUGGUGACAUGUGGAGCUGGGAGGCAUGCAGCUGAGAGCCCCGGACACGAGGAGACACCGCGCCAGGAUGGGACCCCCCAUGCUUUUCCAGUGGCUCAUCUUCACAGUGGUGGUACCCACCUGGUUGUUUGCGGCUCCGAACCGGGAGCGCCCCUGUCCCCAUAGCUGCAGGUGUGAUGGGAAAAUCAUCUACUGUGAAUCGAAUGCCUUUCGUGACAUGCCAAACAACGUGUCUGUGGGCACGCAGGGCCUGUCCCUUCGCUACAACAGCCUGGUAAGCCUAAGAGCUCACCAGUUUGCAACGCUGAGCCAACUGGUUUGGCUCUACCUGGACCACAAUUACAUCAACGCCGUGGAUGGCCAGGCCUUCCACGGGAUCCGGAGGCUCAAAGAACUGAUUCUCAGCUCCAAUAAGAUCACAAAGUUAAAAAACAACACUUUUCACGACGUCCCCAAUCUACGAAACCUCGAUCUGUCCUACAACAAACUGCAGGUUCUCCAGCCAAACCAGUUUUUUGGUUUACGGAAGCUGCUCAGCCUGCACUUGAGGUCAAACUCCUUAAAAACCAUCCCCAUGCGUGUUUUCCUUGACUGUCGCAACCUGGAGUUUCUUGACGUUGGCUACAACAGGCUGAGGAGCCUUACACGCAAUGCCUUUGCCGGACUCCUAAAGCUCAUCGAGCUUCAUUUGGAGCACAAUCAGUUUUCAAAGAUAAACUUUGCUCACUUCCCCCGCCUGACUAACCUGCGGGCGCUUUACCUGCAGUGGAACCGCAUCAAAGUGCUGACCCAGGGUCUGCCGUGGAUGUGGACUUCCUUACAAAAGUUGGACCUCACAGGAAACGAGCUGGACAUUCUGGAUUCCAACACAUUCCAAUGCCUGCCUAACCUUCAGACUCUCAACCUGGACUCCAACAAACUCACCAACAUCUCUCAGCAGACGGUGGACACCUGGAUCUCCCUCACAACCAUCAGCCUGGCAGGCAAUUUGUGGCACUGUAACCCCAACAUUUGUCCUCUGAUAUCAUGGCUCAAAGCCUUUAAGGGGAACAAGGAGACGACUAUGAUUUGUGCCACUCCUAAGGAGGCGCAAGGGGAGAAAGUAACAGACGUGGUGGACACUUACAACGUCUGUACAGCGACCCCAACUCCCCUCACCUCCACGACGUUGCCCCUCACUUCUGUGUUUCAGACCGAGCUGCCGCCUCUUCCCACGCAGUCCUCUGUGGAUCAGAAGCUGACCUGGAACAGGACGGCUUCUCCUUCCCCUUCUCCUUCCCAGGCCUCCCCCACCUCCCCGCUGCCUGACAGCGAGUUUGUGUCCUUCCACAAGAUCAUAGCCGGCAGCGUGGCCCUUUUCCUAUCCGUGGCCAUAAUUCUGCUGGUGAUCUACGUGUCGUGGAAACACUAUCCCAGCAGUCUCAAGCAGCUUCAGCUGCGCUCGGCAGUCAAAAAGCGCCAGAAAAAGGCGCGGGAGAUCGAGCGCUCCUUUAAUUCUCCACUGCAAGAAUACUAUGUGGACUACAAACCCUCCCACUCAGAGACUAUGGAUGUUCUGGUUAAUGGAACAGGACCUUAUACAUACACGAUCUCAGGCUCGAGGGAAUGUGAGGUAUGACUGUUGCCCUCCAAAAACCCAUUUCCACUGCGAAGGCGUAAGAGAUAUCACAGCAGCUGAAUCCCCUGGCUGUGUACAGGUGUGAGCAGUCGGUUCUGGAUCACUGCCAUGUCCACCUGUCGCUGCAACACAAUGUGGACAUAAAGCCGCCCACUCAAGAGCUAGGAGGUCCCGGGCCAACCUUGUGCAACCCUGGACUAAUGGCUGCCCUCCCCUCUGAGCCUGUGCUGCCUUGCCCCCAGACUCACUCCCACCGCCGGUGAUCCGAGCACACCGUGAGGCUCUGCCUCCUAACGGCUGCAUUUCUGCUGCACAAACUCAGUGGACUGUUCAAAUGAAAUAAAGCGCUGUGUGGGAGGGAACUGGGGCUGGUAAAGAAGCAAAGGAAACAAUUAAUCUACAGCAGAGCAUCCUGGACCCUGGAUAAUGGAAAUAAAACUAUUUUUCAGCUGAAAAACAAGGGCAAGGAGGUGCAAGAGUAUUGAUUGGUGAGCAUCAGACUUACCUGACCUUAACUGUCCUCAAUUAGCAAAGGUGGCUGAACGGCAGAGUCUGCUUCUUGGGGAGUAUUAAGGAUAAUAAUUUAGCGAUUUGUUAAUCUUAUUAAACACAUUUCCUCAGCUUCUCAUAAUCUGAGCACCUAUUUGCUGCUCGGGUAAAGUAAUCAAAUGCAAAAUGCUAUAAGCGCAGCAGGGAAACAGUGUGCUGAGCACCUGAGCAGCAGAACAAAUGAAAGAUUGGCCAAGCUAAGAGUUUUUUCUGCUUCUUUUUAUUUGUGGUGUCAGUCAGAAAGAAACCUCUGACUGACAGCGCAAAACUCUCAAGAAAUGUCCCACUCUGAAGAAAUGAACUAAAACUGGAGAAACAUGAAUAGAACAGAUUUCCAUCUCCAAUGUACAGCCUAUACAACUGUAACGGCACUAAGUAUGCUUUCAUGGUGACUUGAUUUGUGAUGUUGAUCAAAUUCAUCUAAUUGAGCUGCAGAAUAAACUAAAAAAAAACACCAAGAAGAUUCACUGGAACAUUUGAAUAUUAACUUUUCAUCCUUCACUCAAAGCACUGUUGUGAUUAAUGUUUUUUGUUUGUUUGUAUCUUUUUUUUUCAUGACGUGUUGAUAAUAAAUUGAUAAUCUGAAUGUGCACUC